AUGGUUUUAUACAAGAGGAAGCCGAUAACUCUGCCUGAUCCGGAAGUGCUGCCUGCGAAUCUUAACAUCAACGUUUGGCACAUCGAUGAAACAGGGGAAUGGUUUGCUACAUACGCCGAAUAUUUGGGUAGAUUGGAUUUUUAUUCAAAGCACCAUUUUACUUGUGAGAUAACGGGGACUUCAUGUCUGACGUUCUUCCAGGCGCUGGACAGUGAAGAGAAGCAAUUUCGAUUAGUCGAGGAGAAAUUCCCAUUGAAGCUGCGAGAACCAGUGGCAAGAUUUUUGCAUUUUAAUGAAGUCAAGAGACUAGAUGCCCUUGUAGAAAAGGUGUACGCUAGGUUCAAAAAUGAUUUCUUCCCCGGUGAGACCGUAUAUCUGCGUAAGGGAAACAAAGAAUUAUCUGCUCCACCUUCAAAUCAUACCACACCGCAACCUGACGAAGGUGUUUUUAAAAAUAAGGAUUUCGUGGAUGAGCCCUCCCAGCCCCAAUAUCAGAAGCCGUAUGUUAUCAAGGAAAAGGCGCAGUUUAAUGCGACUUCCAAUCCUUUGACAGGUGAAAUUGUGGUGCCAGCGUAUUCGAAAUAUAUGCUUAUUGAUAGGGGUCAGGGUAGUAAGUCGUUGAUCGCUGAUCAAUCACAGCUCUAUAGGGACCGCUCAACAUUCACGAAGCAUCUGAUCAAAUGCUUCUGCAAAAUCACUCUGAGGCGAGCUUCUUCCAAGAUGGGUGCGCCUUGGGCCGUCAAAGAGGAAUACCUUCUCAUGUAUGGCCUCACCAUGGAUUGGCCUCCUGACAUGUUGAUAUAUAAGGAAGAUGAGGAUAAAGGCAAGAGAAGUAGAACCAACGAACAGCAAGAUGAAGAUCUCGAAGCUGAGAGAGAAUUGCAUGAUAACAACGAAGUAAAUGAAGGUGAGGGAGAGAAUUCAGCAUCCAAGAGAAGAAAAACUGACGAUACGAAGGAAGAUUCUACAGCACAGGAAGCUGUGCCUUGGAACGCUAUAACUAGCAUUCUAGAGGACUUGAGCCUGCCGUAUCAAGGCUCACCACAUAUUUUUGAAGGAUUGCAUCAAUACAAUCAGCAGUUGGAGCGAGUUUCAUUGAGCAGCUCAAAUCCUUUCAAACCUUUCGGCUCUAUGACAAAGCUUCUGCAAAUUUUCCAGUUCCUUAACAGUUUUGGUCCAAGUAUAUUACUAUCUCAUUUUAACCUUGACCAGUUGAUCACUACGAUAAAAUGCAGUGACCCUCACGAGUUAAAAGGUGAAGUAGUAUAUGUGGAACCCACUAAAGUUGCUGAUACUGUCUGUAGGGAACCAAGCGAUUGGCAAAGAAGCUCAGAAGUACGUGAGAUGAUUAAGGAGAGAAAUUCGCCCAAAAUUCGUUAUACAAUAGUGAAAAGUGAUCCGGCCAGUGAAGAUACGUUAAACAAUAUCAACCAGAAUGGUACAGGGUUACUUGUGGAGAUAAUGUGCGUACUCCUCCGCCUUUUCAUUAACGAAAGUGGGGAGUGGUCGCUCCAUGUUGCCGAAGAUUGGUUGCAAAGCGAUAGUCCUGAAACUGCGCAAAUGCACGACUAUGAUGAAUCUGACGAGAGUGAUCAGGAGACAGAAAGUUCCGAGAUUGAUGGACCUCUAGAGAAAUGCUUAAAUUAUCGUAAUGUUACUUGGGCUGAGCGCUUGGCAAAGAGGCAAUUCAAUAAUGGAUAUUGGCUCAUCAUUCUAUUGGGUGUAUUUAAGGACUGCAGCCACAUCCCAGUUUACAAAGAUAUCAUAAAUGACUUCAACGGAAAAGUUAUACCGGAGAGUAUUUCAGCAAUGCAAUUGCCCAAACAGUUAUGGCACAAUUUUUGCUGUAACCUCUCACUAGAGGAAAAGGUGAACGUCAUAUGGGUGUUAGUGGACCUUGCAACGAACUUUUCACCUGAUAUAAAAUCAGCAGUCGAUAGUUCUAUGGAUCUCUGCACCCAUAUAAGAAGUGAACGUUUCAGGGUCGGAAGAGAUCUCAAAACAGAGACGGUUCAACUUCAUCAGCUGCGUGUUAGCGUACAGGCUCUCGAGGCUAUGGAAGACAGAGAUGAGGAGGUUUUGGAGAAAAACAGAAAUUCCUUGGCGGAGCAAGAAACCAAAGUUGAAAACCUGCAAGCCGAUAAGCUAUUCUUGGACAAGAAGUUAAUGGAGAAUGACAUUCAAAGACUCAAGCCACUAGGUGUCGACAGGUACGGCAACAAAUAUUACUGGUUAGAAAUGAGUGGUGUGCCAGUCAAUGAGUUCUCUGUGCCUGCUGAAGAUAUUUAUCCGAACAGCUUGAAAUAUCAUUCAGGAAGACUGUGGAUCCAGGGCCCCUCAGCAGAUACAGCGAAAUAUCUUUUGAGGAUACCAGACGAAGACUAUCAAAAGUGGCUAGACCUGGUAAAAAUUAAAGGUAAGGCGCAGGCCACAAAGGAAGUUUUCCAACUUUGUAAGGACGAGGAUGGUUCCUACAUUCAUCUUGAAGAUGAUGUUAAGACAGUGCUAGUGGAUGACCUUGGCCAGCUGAACGUUCUGAUCGACCUUGCACCAAUGCAAAGAAAAAUAAUUGAUGAAUCACCGACAUGCCUGUUGCUUUCCGAUCGCGAAUGGUACUCUAUUGAUAAUCCUUCAGAUGUUGCCCAUUUACUUGACUGGUUCGAUACUUGGGGAAGGCGUGAGCACGACCUCAUAAGGCAGUUCAAGUCUGUGAUGGAUGAUAUGAAGAUUACCUACGAUAUACGAGAAAAGGUAAUUUCUCAUCAACAUGACCGAGAGGAGCAAGAGUUACUUUUGCAGCUCAAGGACUAUGAGAUAACCGAAUCCGAGUGGGAGGGUGAUGAAGGAAGUAAUGCAAAUAAAAGUCAGGACAAUGUGCAAUCAAAUGAUCAAGAAGCUGCUGUAAAAGAGGAAGAAGAAUUAGAAUCAAUCGCAGAGGAAAUUAUGAAACUAGAUGACUGUUCACAGACAAGAAAGAUUUUGAAUAAAGUUAAAGAAUUAGAGGAUCGCAGAGAUAUGUUGAUUGAAAAGACACGAUUAAUAAACUCACAACUUGGACCAGGCUCAAGAGUACAAGCUCGUGCUGAAAGAAAGCGUUUGAAAAAUGUGAAAGAAAUGAAACUCGCUAAGCAAGCAGAUAUCCUAACAGACCUACUCAAUCACAGACAUUUCAGAGCCAUGGAAGACGUCAUAGAAUGGAAAAACGACCUAGCCAUUGCAGCAUAUGGCACCCCAUUAAGGAAGAACGCUGCUGGAAGUACAAAGGAGAGCAUCGUCGAUACUGUCGACCAGAAGCUCAAACAGAUCAUUCAUCAGACUUCAAGAGCCACCGUAACAGCUUCAGCAAAUUAA